UACUGAACAUGAAUAACAUGGUUUGUGCUGAAACUGAGAGUGUCUCAGCAGAGAAGAAGAGAGAGAUAAUGGAAGAAAUUAGUAAGGGUAAAAAAGCAGCUAUUGAGCUAAAGAUUCUGCUUCAGAAACCCUCUGGGAGUGAACCCUUUCUCUCUUAUCACCAACUCCUGGCCAGUGUCCUCACAUCUUUCACACAAUCUCUUUCUAUUAUUUGCUCUUCUUCUUCACAACCCAGUUCAGCAGAUGGGCUGCCUCAUCGGAAUCUUCUGAAUCCUACCGAAUAUAGCUCGCCGGUGACCGCUUCCGGCAAUGAUCCGACGUCUGGACAUUGCAGUGAGAAGAGAUCCCAAAAGGGUGGGAGAGGUCGCUACAAUAGAUGCAAGGGUGCACCGAGAAAGAUCGUACUGUCUUGCACCACUGAUGAUAAGUAUGCAUGGAGGAAGUAUGGACAAAAAGGAAUCCUGAAUUAUGAAUUUCCAAGGAGUUACUUCAGGUGCAGUCACAAGCAUGAUCAAGGUUGUAAAGCGACCAGACAGGUGCAACUGGAACAAGACAAUCCACGUACGUAUCGAAUUACGUACAUCGGUCUUCACACAUGCUAUGACAUUCCUAAAGUUACACACAAAACCACAGAUUUUUCCACUGGAGAAUCACAUCUUCUGCAUUCUGAUCGUAGCUCCAAUGUAAAGGAUGAUCUCAUUAGCUCACCAAACUUAGCUAUAAAACCAGUUUUUCCCAAAGAAACUUACACAUCAAGUGAUCUUACUGAUCACAAGUUAUUAGAUUCUAGCAUGUGGUUAGAAUAUUGGAAGGAAUCUGAACCAUUCAACUCUACCAUUAUGCCCUCAAGGAAGGAAUUUGAUAACAGUGCAGAUAAUGCAUAUUCAUGUGCAGACAUUCAAAAUCUGGACAUGGAUUUUGGUGGGCUGGCAUCUGUUCUUUCCGACACUCACUUUCACUUUGAUGCAGAUCAGUUCUUUUAGUGCUAUGGUUGUUGGUUUAUUUGCUUUGUUGUUGGG